AUGCGUUUACGACUAUCUGGACUACCUGAAGCUUCUGAUACAUGUAAUUCAUUACUUGCACCUCGACUUCGUCGAAUCGUCGAGAUCCAACAAUGUUCUCUAGCAUGGCCCGCUUUUGGCAUCAAGAAAACAAUAUUUGAAGGUCAUACAUAUUCAGUCACAAAUACCUGUAGUAUGGAUUCUCCACUUUUCGCUCUUUAUUUUAUCUUUCGAACAGAGCCAAGCAUCAAUGAAAUAAUCUUAAAUUCUGAAAACGAACCGUUCAGUUCACUUCGAGAGACUUUCUUAUUAGUUGAAUCAGACGGAUGGGACCAGGCCAGAUUACAAUGGCUAAUCAGUCACGGUCUCCUAAAUCGUAAAGGUGUCAAUACAAAUGACAUCUAUGGAUCGCUCGACACGAAUGUAAUACGUUUCAUAAAAAACCCUCUUCAACUUCAUCAAGCUAAAACUUUUUGUGCUCGUCAUACAUGUCCACAGCGUGAGCGUACCAUUAAAACUACUGAUAUAGGUGUCGAAUGUUGGGAAACUUCCAUUUCAAAAUUUGAGUAUGAAGAUACUUUUCCUUGUACCGCUUUCGUAACCAAAUUAGGAGAUAUUACAUAUAAAGACGCAUUUCGUCUUCGCUAUAAGCGAUGUAGAACACAGGUAAUCAAUGUCGAUUCAAAUACAAUGGAAUACACUGAAGGUUGGCAAUGUAAUGAAAAAGUAAUUAUGCAACCAGCUACUUUUGUUAAUGGGCAGCCACCAUUUCUUUUCGCGGACAUUGUUCACCCAAUAGCUGAAGAUUCAGAGACAAAAAAGUUGAGCGCGGUCAGUCUCAACAUCCACGACAUUCCACGCAAUCUCACGGUUGGUUCAUCCACGUAA